UUAUAUGAAAUUGAUUGUUUUCCUCACCUAUUUCUCUUCAUCUUCCACUUUUAUCAAAUUAUCACAAUCGAACUACAAAUUCAGAUUCCGAAGAGUUUCUUCCAUAGGCAGUGCUUUGAUUUUGUGUUGAACCGAGUCAAAGUGAUCCGAGUUGAGUUCGUGACUCAGCCGGCAGACUCCAAACCAAACAGACGCUUAAUCUCCUUCCUCCUCAUCGCAUUACUCAAUUUCAUUCAUUCAAUCUCGGAAAACCCUAAGCCGAUGGAGAACAGAAAAUUGUCAAGUCAGGACUUUCUAUCAGCGAUUGAGAAAGAAUAUCCUAUUCCUAAGCCGAUGGAGAACAGAGACACCCGGGAGCAAUUGUUGCCGAAGCGAUCGACGAAGACGAAGCAAUUGUUGCCGAUUUAUUUGAAAGUGAUUGAGGAAAACUAUAACGGGGAGUCUUCUGCUGCUGCUGUACAAGACAUAUCGAAAUUGUCGCUAUUUGAUCUUAGACAGGCUUCUUACAAGGACACGAGACUAAAAUUGGCAAUUAGGAAAUUGGCGCCUUCCGUGGUUUCUGUUUCCCACUUCACUGGGGUACACAGGAUGCUUGACUGCUCGGGUUUCAUCAUUGACUGGGAUGAUUCUAAGGGAAUAGCUACAGUUCUUACUUCUGCUAAGUUAAUGACGUCUCCUGACCACCGCGACGAUUACUAUAUUAUUGUUCGACUCGCAAAUGGAAAAAUGCUUCUAGCUGAAGAGGACUAUGUUGAUUAUUAUCACAACAUAGUGACUUUUAAAGUAAAAUCGGAUGCCAAACUGAGACCCUUAGAUCUUUAUUCACCUCUGCAGAAUCUAGAAGGAGUUGAAGUAGUUGCGUUGGACAGAGAUUUUUACACUUGCGAAUUGUCAGAAAGAUGCGGAUUAUUUAGUAAAGAUUAUCCAUAUUUUGGAUGUGAGCAACUUGCCAGCUCUACUUGUAGUACUACCCGGGUCGGUGAGGGAGGACUGCUUAUCACUAAAGAGGGUCAAAUUAUUGGCAUCAACUUUUAUGAUGGCCGUCGAUAUGUUCAUCCUCUUCCGACAUCAGUGAUUAGAUUAUGCCUGAGGAAUUGGAAUUCACAUGGGAUUGUCAUGCAACCUUGGCUCGGGUUCACUGUGAUUGACAUUGCUGAUCUCCCUCCUGAUACAUAUAAUACAUAUGAAACAAUGUAUGAAUUCAGUGGUGAUAGUAGUGUUGUUGUGAAAGAGGUGUAUAAAGGAUCGCCUGCUGAUAAAGUUGGAGUGCGAUCAGGUGACUCAAUCAAUGCUGUGAAUGGAAGGAAAUUAUGUGGUGGUCUUCAGGAGUAUGUUAAACUACUAAAUGGCGUAUUUGACAUGUUGAGUGCUUGUCCUCCCAACCAGACUGAUACGAAGGUUUUUGUAAGUGUAAAUGAUAAUAGUAAACUAGUGUGUGCCGAGAAUCUUAGUGUCAAUGACAAGAAUUUCUGUAGUAGUUGGCUUGGAGAUGAGUCUGAUUGGUACUUGAUGAGGCCUCUGCGUGGGUCUGAUCCAGGUCCUCGUUAUGAUGUCUCUUGGUACUUCGAGCAGCCUGCCGCUGAAUCUAAUACAGGUCCUAAUUUUGAUGUCUCUUGGUACUUCGAGCAGCCUGCCGCUGGAUUUGAUACCGCCAGAGGCAGAGACAGGGGUGGCACGUCCAGGCAUCAGGGUGUAUUCGAGUUAUCAUAUACUUGACAUCUAAGAAGUGUUGAAGCUUGGAGGUAUCUGUGAUAUGGAGACAGAGAACACCUUUUGGGACCAAUAUAUGUUGGUGUCAGAGACCUUAGCUAAAUUGUGUCCUGUAAUUUAUAACACUUGCGUGCACAAUGUGUAUCUUGCAGAUGUCAGUUUUAAUGUUAGGUGGUAAUAGUUGUUUAAUCAAUAACUCUAGUAAUUUGAAUAUGAAAUCGACUUUGGUGGAAUUUUAUCUAUGCCUCUAUGUAGCUAUGUGAUACUUUGCUGA